AUGCGGGUGUGGAGCCAUUACCAUGCGGGUGUGGAGCCAAUACCAUGCGGGUGUGGAGCCAUUAUCAUGCAGGUGUGGAGCCAAUACCAUGCAGGUGUGGAGCCAUUACCAUGCGGGUGUGGAGCCAAUACCAUGCGGGUGUGGAGCCAUUAUCAUGCAGGUGUGGAGCCAUUACCAUGCGGGUGUGGAGCCAUUGCCAUGCGGGUGUGGAGCCAUUAUCAUGCAGGUGUGGAGCCAUUAUCAUGCAGGUGUGGAGCCAUUACCAUGCAGGUGUGGAGCCAAUACCAUGCAGGUGUGGAGCCAUUACCAUGCGGGUGUGGAGCCAUUAUCAUGCAGGUGUGGAGCCAUUACCAUGCAGGUGUGGAGCCAAUACCAUGCAGGUGUGGAGCCAUUACCAUGCGGGUGUGGAGCCAAUACCAUGCGGGUGUGGAGCCAAUACCAUGCGGGUGUGGAGCCAAUACCAUGCGGGUGUGGAGCCAUUACCAUGCGGGUGUGGAGCCAAUACCAUGCGGGUGUGGAGCCAUUACCAUGCGGGUGUGGAGCCAAUACCAUGCGGGUGUGGAGCCAUUACCAUGCGGGUGUGGAGCCAAUACCAUGCAGGUGUGGAGCCAUUACCAUGCGGGUGUGGAGCCAUUACCAUGCAGGUGUGGAGCCAUUACCAUGCGGGUGUGGAGCCAAUACCAUGCGGGUGUGGAGCCAAUACCAUGCGGGUGUGGAGCCAUUAUCAUGCGGGUGUGGAGCCAUUACCAUGCGGGUGUGGAGCCAUUAUCAUGCGGGUGUGGAGCCAUUAUCAUGCGGGUGUGGAGCCAUUACCAUGCGGGUGUGGAGCCAUUAUCAUGCGGGUGUGGAGCCAUUACCAUGCGGGUGUGGAGCCAUUAUCAUGCGGGUGUGGAGCCAUUACCAUGCGGGUGUGGAGCCAUUACCAUGCGGGUGUGGAGCCAUUAUCAUGCAGGUGUGGAGCCAUUAUCAUGCAGAUGUGGAGCCAUUACCAUGCAGGUGUGGAGGGUAAGCUGGGUAAAUGAGCCCCAGCGGCCUUCAUCUAUACCCACCACGGUAUAA